CUUGUUGAUGCGACCUCUCGUCAAUGAAUUCGGUUGCCAAACAAACCUCAGACGUUUGUUUGUGUUCCUAAGUUUAUCUGCGCGUGCAGCAUUGUGCGGUUUCCUUUUAAAGGAUUGCCUCGUUUCUGACUCGAUCUUUCGCUCUCACCCUCACUUCAGUCAUGUCCAACAAGCCUUUGCAAACUCUUCGCCUUUGUCUUAUUCAUCCUCCAAGCAUACUCGUCAGAGCAGCUUUGAUCCUCCUCCUCAAUACUCAUCUCAGCCAUCACACUCGGCACCUUCGACACCAUGGAUUCAAUGUGUGACCUUGCCGCCAACGUAUGGCACAGUGUCUGGUCAGACUGCAGCCACCCGUGCCAUUCCUCAUACGCCCUCUUGGCCCGCCGUCCCAUUGCCUUCUACCUAUCCUAUCCUCCAUCCUUCAUUAGAUACAAUUUCAUUCCCGAUUUCC